UUCAUUGCUGGGAAGGUGUUCAGGAACCAUACCAUUGCGGAUUAUUCCCAGCUGCAGCUCAACUGGAACGCCUUUGCGAAGGAGCCGUUGCCAGACAGGAAUUUCACCUUCUGGGAAUGGUUCUAUGGAAUCCUCAAGCUCACGAGGGAGCAUUUGAAGAAUUUGUGGAACGACGGGUGA